AUGGACGGGCAGACGCUGCCGGCGGACCGGCAUCAGACUGUGCUCGCCAACGGCACGCUGCGCCUCGACCACGUGCAGAGGCAGGGCGGCGGCGGGCAGUACCACUGCACCGCCCGCGGCGACCGGCAACUCACUGCCACCGGCCGGGUCAACCUGCAGGUGCUGGUGCCGCCGUCUAUCCGGCCGUUCAUGGUGGGCAACUACUCGACCGGCGAGAGAGUGCAGGUUCUCUGCUUCGUGAAGCGAGGAGACACCCCGCUGACGCUGACAUGGCUGCGCGACGGCCGGCCACUGACCGACCCUGAGGUGGAGCAGCGCGCCACCGACCGCUACAGCAGCAGCCUCUUCAUUGAGCGCGUGGCCGUACGCCACGCUGGCAACUACACGUGCCGCGCCGAGAAUGCCGCGCGCGUCACCACCUACACGGCAGAGCUGCGGGUUAACGUGCCGCCGCGGUGGAUCGAGAAGCCCCAGGAUGUGGCCGCAUCUCUGGGAUCAGCUGUUUUGAUGCCCUGCGCAGCUGAAGGCUUUCCGGUUCCCGAGAUCAAGUGGAAGAAAAAAGACGCGAGCGGGUUCGAGCUGGCCGCCGCCGCCGUCGCAGGCCUGGCGGUGCUGAAGAACGGCUCUCUGGCCAUCGGCGCCAUCACAGCGGCCCAUGAGGGCGCCUAUCUCUGCGAGGUCUCCAACGGCGUGGGUGUCGGACUCAGCGUGAUGCCCCGCCUCGACGUGUUCGCUCUCCCGUCUUUCAACACGCCAGCACGCCAGGUCCGCGUCAGGGAAGGUCAGAACGUGACCUUGACCUGUGACCCGAGUGGGGACGAGCCCAUGACCCUCCAGUGGUUCCGCCAGAACCAGCUACUCCAAGAGAACGUGCGACUGCACAUUCGCCACUGGACCGGAGCGCGGAACGUCUCUCGUUCUACUCUACGACUCCUGGAAGCGGUGCCACCGGACUCAGGCUUCUUCAGCUGCGUGGCGGAGAACAGCCGCGGCAAAGCGCAGCUCUCCUUUAGUCUGGACAUAGAAGACACGCCGCUGCCUCCGAGUGACCUGAAAGUGGUGCAGGUCCAGAGCAGGUCCGUGACCUUGGAGUGGCGCCGACCUGACCAGAUCAAUAAGCACGUGACCGGAUACAGACUUCAGUACACGCGUCGGACCGACGGCUGGGAGUCGGCGCGGUCGGUGGCGCUGCCGCUCCGGCGCGUGCAGCUGGGCGGCCUGCGCCCGGACACGUCCUACCUGCUGCGGGCGCUGACGCUGACGGAGGCGCCGUCGAGGCCCCCGCAGCAGCUCGGUCUGCUGCCUCUCACCUCCACCGACCUGCGGGUGACGUGGCGCGCGCCGCCGGCCGACGCGCGCCACGGCCUCCUGCUCGGCUACCGAGUGCUGUGCAGCCGGCCGGCCGGCAACAUGCACUUUGCCGACGCCGAGCGCUCCUCGGUGCACAACGUGACGGCGACGGCGGCCACGCUCUCGGCGCUGCGGCCCUACACGCUGUACCAGGUCAGCGUGCAGGCGUACAACAGCCGCGGCCUGAGCCCGCGCUCGGCGCCGGUCAAGACGGAGGCCGUCGACGAAUGGGACGGAGAGCUGUUCUACUCGGUGCACGACGUGGAGAAGGGCGCCACCACGGUGGAGGACCUGAGGCCGCACAGCAACUACUCGUUCCGGGUAGCGGCCGUCACCGGCGUGGGGCCGAACGGCGUCAUCACCGCCUACUCGGUGUACAUCAGGUCAGUGAACUCGGCGGAAAGGACCAUCACGUACGCAGACGAGACGCGCGAGGAACGGCGCACCGUGCUGCCACCUGCCGACGGCGAGCCGCUAGAGGGCCUGUCGGGCCGCAGCGAGUACGCGGUGCGCGUGGCGGCACACACGGCCGCCGGCGAGGGGCGCCAGUCGCGCCCUGUCCGCUUCACCACCACCGACAACGUGUCGGCGCAGAUCGUGCCACUGGGACGGUACAGUCAGCUGGCGGACGGACAGCUGGUGGUGCCAGCUGUGACCACCCGGGACGCCGGCAAUUACUCCUGUCACGUCUCCAACUCGUAUGGCUCCGAUCACGUCACUUAUGACGUCAUCGUGCUCGACGUGCCGCCGUCGCCGGCGCUGCGUGUGACGGACGCCACCAGCCACUCGGUGGCCGUGCGCUGGUCGCCAGGCGACCCCGGUGGCCUGGCCAUCCGCGGCUACCGGCUCCAGUACUGGCCGGCCGGAGACCAUGACCCGGCUGAGGUUCACCUGGAGCGCUUCGUCCGCGAGCACCAGCUGACGGGCCUGCUGUGCGGCACAGUCUACCACCUUCGGCUACGCACAAUCAACAGGCUGGGCUCCAGCCAGCCGAGCCGGACGGUGAAGGCUCGCACCUCCGGUCGGGCGCCGGUGCUGCCCGAGCCGGGCCGGCUCGUCUCCGUCAACGCCAGCGGCGUCACGGUCAGCCUGCACCUGUGGAGCGCCGCCGGCUGCGCCAUCCGCCGCUUCACCGUCCGCUGGCUGAGUGUGGACCUGGCCGGCCACACCCGGCAGUACGUCAUCCGGCGCCAGCUGCCGCCGGCAGACUACGUCAUCAACGUAACGGCCGUCAGUCCGGCCGGCGCGGCCUCGCACAUCAGCACCGUCAGCAUGCUCGGGAUCCGCCGGUGA